CCCACACCUGCAUUGCACCCUCUCUUGUCAUAGCGGACAAGUCCCUCUUCUGCUUUCUUGAUAUCACUACUCCCUCCUUCUCUUCUCAGUGCUCUCGAACAAACUUCUUGCAUUGCACACCUUGAGAAGCCCCACUCUUCAAUUCAUCGAAUCACAACCAUGGUCAAGGAAACCAAAUUCACCUCUAUGGACAUUGAAGUUCAGAACGACUUCGACUCUCUCACACUCAGCGAUGCGUCCCUCCCUGAUGAUAUUUCUUCCGAUGGCUCCGAGCUUUUCGGCUACGAACACGCGACUCGUUCUCGGAAGGGGAGCAUGGACUCCGACGAGAUCCUCCUCAACCAGGAGCUUGGAUACUACAUCGAAGGUCCCUGCAGGGAGAAGCAGCUGAACGCCUUGAGGCACUGCAUCGAGCUGCUGAGCAGACCGGUGAAGCCAGAGAUCGUAUCGGCGACUGGAGGCAUUCUAUUACUCUGAUUCGACAUAGGGAGGUCUCGGAGCUUGAGUAGACCUACUUGUAUCUGUAUUUUGUACUACUAGUCUUUUCCAUCUUAUACAUAACGUUUCUAUCUCUUACAUGCAAUACACCAUGAAUAUCUAAUCUUAGUGCAUGUGUACAGUCACUGGGAUGCAUUACUGUACUGUACGAGGUGAGGAACAGUUGCCUUCAAAACAUCAUGCUCGGUUGAUCCGAUUUUGUUUAUGUUUUGGUUUCGAUUGUAUUCCAAUCAUUGUUUUAUAUCCACUACAGAAUUCAAUUGCUGUCAGUAUUUCCCUUGCGAUAGGGAGGUUAUUCAAUUUGUUUUGAUAAUACAAAGCAUACUUGAGUUC